AUCUCGCGAGUUGGGGAGCAGCGCCGCGCGGGACUGAGGUACUUAUCCCUUGCUCCUUCUCCACGACGCCGCUUCUCCCUCCCUCUCCGUCUCCCAAUCCCAUUGGCUACGGUUGAGUUAAUUCAACAACCUCUCUCUAAUCCAAUAAGAAUCAGCACUCUCUAGCACAUAUAUUUUCUUUCUUUGAAGUUUUUGGUCUCUUCUGCGUGCUCAGAUCUCCUAGUUUAUAGUUCUGCUUGUUUGUUUUUCUUACCCAGUUUCUUGGCUUCAUAAAUCUCACUAUUCUUAGGUAUUUCAACAAUGAUUAAAACAAAUUGUUCCUCUCUACCUUCCAAAUCUUAGGCUUUUCUGUGGCCGAUUCUGCUUCAAUAUUAAGCAAGGCAACUUAUGCCCUUCAUUGGUCCACACAAAUUUUGUAGGUUUUUUUUUCUUUUUCUUUUUGAGAAAUUUGUAGGUUUUCUUGAAUCAGGAAAACUGUUUUUGCGAGUUCAAGAAAGAAAACCAGCAAGAUUCUGAGGGUUCAACACAGUGGUGCGCUUUAGGUGUAGAUAUUUAGGUCAGUCAGGGAAUCGGAUGGCGUUUUCUUGUUCUAACUUUGGAUUGUAUAAUUCCACUUAUUUUCAUGGUGACGGCUGUACUGGCAUCAAUUUUUCGAGGGGCCAGAGUAGAAAAGGAGGAGUCGAGGUUAGGGGUUUUGGGUUUCAAAGUGAUCCUGCUGCUGAGUGCAGUUUGUUUUUGAAAACGACCACCUUUCGAGCUUCUUUCAGCGUUGAGAGAAGUGCUGGUGGUGCUUUCUCGAAGAAGACGAAAGGGAGCUCUGAGAUCAGGAGUGAGUUGCAGCACCCCGACGAAGCAGAUUCCACAGAUACGAGAAUCACUAUUCCACAGGAGGGAGGUGAUGCCUCUUUAAAAAAGGAAGCUUGCGUUCUUAAAUCAAACUAUCAUCCAAACCUUGAUUUUGGAAAUGGAGGCAUGGAUCAUCCUGAUGGAUCUGGUGGUAAUGGAAAAUUUCCACCAGGCAGACGGGGAGGUGAUGGUGGCAGAAAUGAUGGUGAUCACGAAAAAAAUAACGGAGAAGACGAUGAGUUUGGGCCAAUACUAAAGUUCAAUGAAGGUUGAGCGAAAGGGAUAUUGUUGUAAUCAAUUUGCGAUGGCAUAUGUACAUCUUUUCGGGUAAUUUGCUUUUUUUCGAUUUUAUAUGCUCUUUAUUAUGAUGAGUAUUAACGAUAUUCUUUGGAAAAAUCUUGAGUUAUUCGUCAUUUAUCCAUUGGCCGAGAUGUUUUCUGAAAA